GUCACCAGGAACCAUCACAGGUCAUCAGAAACCAUCACAGGUCACCAGGAACCAUCACAGGUCACCAGGAGCCAUCACAGGUCACCAGGAUCCAUCACAGGUCACCAGGAACCAUCACAGGUCACCAGGAACCAUCACAGGUCACUUCAGGAUCCAUCACAGGUCACCAGGAACCAUCACAGGUCACCAGGAACCAUCACAGGUCACCACAGGUCACCAGGAGCCAUCACAGGUCACCAGGAAUCCAUCACGGGUCACCAGGAUCCAUCACAGGUCACCGGUGGAACCAUCACAGGUCACCAGGAACCAUCACAGGUCACCAGGAGCCAUCACAGGUCACCAGGAACCAUCACAGGUCACCAGGAUCCAUCACAGGUCACCAGGAUCCAUCACAGGUCACCAGGAACCAUCACAGGCUCAGGAUCCAUCACAGGUCACCAGGAACCAUCACAGGUCACCAGGAACCAUCACAGGUCACCAGGAACCAUCACAGGUCACCAGGAACCAUCACAGGUCACCAGGAGCCAUCAAAGGUCACCAGGAGCCAUCAAAGGUCACCAUUAGGAGGUCAGGAAGCGUAGGACAGUUUGAGUUAUCAGUGCGGCCAAUUUUAUGA